AACAUUGUCAAGAAUCUUAUUCUUUUGGAAGUCGGAUAUGUGUUAUCAUGUGCAGUGGUGGAGCCAUAUAGAGCCGAGAGUGUUCAUCCGAACCCCUCGGCGGAAAAAAAUACUGUUUUUACAAGGUCAUCGUCUAUGGACGACCAAGAGUACUUCCGUAAUUUACAUGGGUGGUUUUGGAGAAUACACCAAUGGUACAAAGGUGGAACACACAAUUGUAGACCCAUCUGGUUCUUUUAUACUCUACCGCGUGAUAUUACCAUACAAAACGGGAAAAAGUGGCAAGCUGCAAGAUGACAAGAUCCAAGUCUGCUCAGUCAUAUUGAAGGGAAGUGUGCAGAAGUGCCUGAUGGUAACAACUAAAGGAGCUAGCAGUGGGCAACAAUUAUCGGUAUUACUGUAGCAGUGGGAUCCUUUGGCAUGAAUAUUUCUUUUCCAGCAGGUCCAAUAAUCUUAACUUCAGCUUCAGGCUUCAAGUUGUCUGAAAUAUUAGCAUUUGAAAGCAGGUACGUGGCUGUAAGCCUAUAUAUCACGUGUUUAUUAAUAAAUGCGCGGUUAAACUCUGAUCUAUAUAUGCUUGAAAUUCGAGCCAAGUAUAUUUUACCGUUUGGAGAAAAGAUCAAAUAAAAUAUACUAAUGUUGCUAACAUUGUUUAAGGUUUAGGGAGUCCUUGAUUCUUACAUAAAAAGUUUGGGCAGGCUCCUUU